AUGGACAAUAACUACAACAAUGCAGAAGCCCCCGCUUCAUACCCACCCAAUGUACCCACUCAGCCCAGUCAACUGGGUCAACCCAAUCAGCUGGAACAAAAUGGCAUAAACAAGCAAAUGUAUGACUACUAUUACUACAACAGUAACCCCGAUGGGUCCAUGGGCAACAAGAUUGGUUAUAACAAUAUGCCAACAGAUGUCCCCUUCGACGGAAAUUAUGCUCUGAAUUACGGAUACGUGGACCCGUCCUUCUAUCACAUGAACAGUGGAAUGCACCCCAUGGGUAAUAUGAUGAACCCAUACAGUAACGCCAUGAGCAGAUUCCCAAGCAGAAUGGAAGAACACCCAAAUAGCUACAGAUAUAGCAAUCCAGACCAUACCUAUAGGGGGGGUAUGAAAUAUAAAGUGGGUGCAAACAAUGCAUCUAGUAGCUCCUUCCAUUCAUCUCUAGCUAAUUACAACAAUGAAGAAAAAAAAAACAUCCUCGAAAUGACAAACACUACAACGUACAAUGUAAAUACCUUACUUAGAAAUAAUAUUUUAUCGUCCGAAUAUUUCAGAUCGCUAGUUCCAUUGAAAACCUUUAAGGAGGUCGUAGAAGAAAUUCAUUUAUAUGCGGACCAUGUGGAACCCUAUUGCAUUGGAAGUACAAGGGCACCCUCGACUCUUUUUUGUUGCCUCUAUAAGUUAUUCACCAUGCAUUUGUCAGAGAAGCAGAUGAAGAUGUUGAUCGAAAGUCGAGAAUCCUGCUACAUACGAGCCUGUGGAUUUUUGUAUUUGAGAUAUGUCCACUCGCCUGCCAAUCUGUGGAUGUGGUUCGAACCCUACCUCUUGGAUGAAGAUGAGUUUAUCACAUCGGCUGACAAACGGAAGAAGCAGACGAUAGGCGAGUACACUCAAUGCCUCUUGGCAGACGAUAAGUAUUUCAACACAGUUCUCCCUAGAAUGCCCAUAAAAAUAAAAAACACCUAUGGAGCACGAUUGAUGUUAAUGAAUGACCAUAGGAGGAGGCUCAGAAGGAACAAGGAAAAGAUGCACAAAUUUGUCAAGGGCGAACCCAUUAUGGCCUAUGUCAACGGAGAGUGGGAGAAGGGCGAAAUAGGAGGCAUCGUGAAUCACGGGAAGGAAAAAAUUUUCAUCAGAAUCAGACAAAUAGAUGGAAACGAAAAACUCGUUAAUAUGGGAUACGUGAAGCUGGGCUCGGGGGACCCCGACAGGGAAGGAGACACAGAAAAUGGGGAUGGCACCGAAAGGAGCCGAAACAGGGAUGAGAAAACGCACAGAAGGGGUAGCAGAAGUAGGAGCGGUAAAAGGAGGAGGCGUAGAAGCAGGAGUAGAAGCAGGGGCAGAAACAGGAGCAGAAGCCGGCAUAGAGGUAGACACAAGGAUAGGAGUCGCGAUCGAGAUAGGAGUCGCAAUCGAGAUAGGAGCCGAGAUCGGGAUAGGAGUCGCAAUCGAGAUAGGAGCCGAGAUCGGGAUAGGAGCCGAGACCGGGAUAGGAGCCGAGACCGGGAUAGGAGCCGAGAUCGGGAUAGGAGCCGAGAUCGGGAUAGACGCAGAAAGAGACGAACGAGUGAAGAACGGAACGAAAAAAAACACUCCUCGCACGACAAGUCGCAUAGAGACCACCGUGAUAGGUCACUCACAAAACGCGGAAGAACAUCAUACGAAGAUUUGCACAAGAAAAAAGAUAUGUCCUCAUCUAGAUCGUCCAGGUCGUACAGUUCCGAAGAAGAUGGUAAAACCCAUAGAAAAGACAAGUACGAACUUAAUGAAAACGAAUUAAUUAAUAAAUAUAGAAAAAUAGAAAGCCAAAAGGCACUCGCUACUGGAAGAGAUUAUGCUCGAAGGCCGACGUCAUACAAGUCCUCUCUGACCGUAAAGAUGGAGAAUAUUCAUAACAGAAGACAGUCCAUUUCCAGAUCUCCUAAAAGAAUAGACAAAACAGUAAUUCAUUCGCAGAAGGAUGAAAAGGGAACCGAAAAUAGUGCGAUGGAAAACUCCAAAUUAAUGCAACUAAUGCAAAAGUAUAACAAAGAGGAAGAUGGUGAGGCGACAAACAAAAUGAACACAGGGGAUAUGGAUGAAAUGGAUGUCAUGACGUUGGGGUAA